UUUAAUCUUAACCUUACAUUGGUUGUGAAAUAAUGGAGAUUACGUGUCAUUAUAUUAUUUAUGUUCAUUUCAAAGAAUGAAAAAUAUUGACGAAAUUUACGAGUCAUAAACAGAUGCAGAUCAAACGUUUCUGUAAUAACUAGCUCGACUCGGAUCGUUUGAUGCACAGAAAAUUCGCACGUUCAUUACUUACGUUUGGGUAUGAACCGAUCUACUACUGCAUUAGAUAUAUGUGUUAAUAUAGAGCGAAAUACAUCAAGUAGAACAUAUCUGUACCGACAUAUACUAUCACUGAGUAUAUAACUAAGAGAGCAGUGGAUUUAUGAACACUGGAAAAAAGAAACCCGAAACAAAGCUGCGUCAUGCUGAAUGGUGAAAAAAUGAAACAGAGAGGAGCCAACUCGGGUAACUCUCGCCGAGACAGUAACGGCAUUGCUGGCAUUAUCAGUGACGGCAGUGGUGACUAUAGUGACCAGAGGAAACAACAAGAUGGUGGUAAAAGAAGUCGAGCAGGAAUUAGUGCACCGUUUAGUGUGAUCAACAAUAUAAUACUGCCACUACUCAUCGUGACGCUGCUACCAACUGGUAUCAUGAUGAUAGUUUACUCAAGUACUGACUGUGAUGGAAGUUUGUCAACUAUGAUAUCUCGCAUUCAGAACAAAACUUUAUAUGAUAUCUAUAUGGAGCUAUGGGGCAAUUAUCUAAGUGGAAUUAGUUUUUUCACGUUCGCAGUUGUAUUUGGAUAUUACAUAUGGGCUAUAUUAUGCACUAGGAUGAUACCAGGAAAAAUCGUGAAAGGACCAUUGACGCCAAUGGGAAAUAUUCCUGAAUAUGUAGAUAACGGGUUAAGUUGUUACAUUAUAACAAUGGCGGGGCUUAUCAUACUGACCGUUAUUCUAAAACUCAACAACCUUACCCCUACCAUUGUUAUUGACCAGUUCGGAGAACUUGCAGCUUUCAUGCAUAUAUAUUCGUUCAUCGUCGUGUUUUUCUUGUAUAUCAAGGGAAUAUAUUCCCCAUCGAGUUCUGAUAGUGGGAAGACAGGGAAAGGCUUUAUGUUCGAUUAUUACUGGGGUACGGAACUUUAUCCUCGUGUGUACGGAGUGGAUAUCAAGGUACUGACAAACUGCCGUUUUGCUUUGACUGUCUGGCCAAUACUUGUAUAUUUGUGUGCAAUAAAAAGCUACGAGCUUCAUGGUUUCGUUGACAGUAUGAUGAUUACAACAGUUCUACAACUUUUUUACAUCACUAAAUUUUUCUAUUGGGAAGCGGGAUAUUACGGUACCAUGGAUAUUUCUCAAGAUCGGGCAGGAUUUUACAUCAUAUGGGGUUGCAUGAGUUUAGUGCCUCCACUUUACCCUUUAGCAAGCUACUACCUCGUAAAUCACCCUGUUCGCAUUGGUCCUGUCUGGACUACCGUUAUCUUAGUUGUGGGUAUUGCAUCAACUACAGUUAAUUAUUUAGCGGAUCAUCAGAAGCAAAUAGUUCGUAAAACAAACGGAAACUGCAAAAUAUGGGGCAGAAAUCCGGAUAUAAUUCGUGCCAAAUAUCGUACAGAAUCUGGCAAUACAAGGGAGAGCAUACUACUUACUUCAGGAUGGUGGGGGUUAUCAAGGCACUUUCAUUACGUCCCAGAGAUAUUGCUUGCCUUCUGUUGGACAGUUCCGGCGGGAUUUGAGAAUUUAUUACCCUACAUGUAUAUCAUAUUCUUGACGGUGCUUUUGGUACACCGUAGUUUUCGUGAUGAGAAAAAGUGCAGUACCAAGUAUGGGGAAUAUUGGCAAAAAUAUUGCUUGAAAGUAAAAUACAGAAUCAUACCUUACGUUUUCUAAUGUAGACUAAUAAACGUAACAUCGCUUCAAAGAAAAACUUGCAUAUACAUGUAUAUUUUAUUGAACAAUGUUUUUAAUGAUUCAUUCUUUGCUGGUAUAGAUCGUGCUGUGUUUAACAAUUACUUUGUUUUGAAUAAUUACUUUCAAAAGUGUAUUCAAAUAAAUAUUUUCUGUAAUGUUUUAACCCCCCCCCCCCCCAAUUAUAUUGUCAUUUUUAGUUUCACUUUAUCUUGUGUUUAACCACAAACAAAAUGUUGAAAUCAGACAUAAAGAAAUUAUAACAUUUCAUGGAAACAAUAAAUUGAAUACGAAUUCA